AUGGUAAAAGCUAAGGCCAAACAGAAACCGGCCGAUUUCAACGAACAAAAAGACAUGUUGAGACAACCUGCCAACAGUCCCGCCGGUUUUGGCUCACCUCAUCCAGAAGGAGCGGUUGGAGUUACAACUAGCAAACCGGAGAAUGGCCAUGGCAUGCCUUCCGAAUCGCAUGUGGCACCACAGCCACCACCGCCAGUCAACGAAAGAAAAACUUUCUGUCCCAUAGAAAAUAAACCUGGAGAAACGGAUUCCAAUAAAGCCUAUGGGACGUUUAAAAAUGCUGCACCGGCUGUCCCGGUGCCCGUUAAUCCUGCCCUCCGCACGGAUUCCGCUCCCUCCGUACCGCCACCGAUGGACGGUACAGGAUUUCAGGGGAAUGCUAUGCCUGACGCAAUGGCUAAUCAAGGUGCAAUGAGAACCGCUGCGGAGCAAAACAAUGCCACCGGCAAUUGGACAACUAUGAGCCAGACCACCAUCAUACUGGGUACAGAUGGCAACACGUCUGUUCUGUCUGGCACAGUAACCGGGGAUACUGUGGAGGAUGACGAUGAUGGAGAUGAGAACAAGGCCAGGGGAAACUGGUCUAGUAAAUUGGAUUUCAUCUUGUCUAUGGUUGGAUAUGCAGUGGGCUUGGGAAACGUGUGGAGGUUUCCCUACCUUGCCUUCCAGAAUGGAGGAGGUGCUUUCUUGAUACCCUACCUGACAAUGUUAGGCAUCGCCGGGAUUCCCAUCUUUUUAAUGGAGGUUGUGCUGGGUCAAUUUUCCAGCCAAGGCCCAGUGUCAGUGUGGAAGGCCAUUCCAGCACUGCAAGGUUGCGGGAUUGCCAUGUUGAUUAUAUCUGUCUUGAUAGCCAUAUACUAUAACAUUAUUAUGUGCUGGACACUGUACUACCUGUUCACUUCGUUGAAGGGCUCACUACCAUGGGCUAACUGUAAGAAUGACUGGAACACAGUGGACUGUAAAGACAAAGACAUGCUCCUCUUGGACACGUGUAUCCUGCGGGAUAGGAGCACUCCUGUUGUUAAAAACACCUCAUUCUGCCUGUCUGCCGGUGCCGCUGGCAAUCUGACCAGACUUUUAAAUAUGACAGUCAAUGAGAACAAAACUUAUGUCAGCCCCAGCGAGGAAUACUUCAAGUACAAUGUGCUUCACAUUUCCAAGGGACUGGAAUACCCAGGUGAUAUUCGGUGGCCUUUGGCUCUCUGCCUCUUUCUGGCCUGGGUUAUUGUCUAUGUCUCUCUGGCUAAAGGAAUUAAGUCAUCAGGGAAGGUGGUGUACUUCACUGCAACCUUCCCCUACGUGGUUCUGGUUAUCCUGCUCAUCAGAGGCGUGACUCUGCCUGGAGCCUUCGAUGGCAUACUCUACUUCAUCACGCCCAAAUGGGAGAAGCUCAACGAUGCCAAGGUGUGGAAGGAUGCUGCAACCCAGAUCUUCUUCUCCCUGUCGGCCGCCUGGGGAGGCCUCAUCACUCUCUCCUCCUACAACAAGUUCCACAACAACUGCUACAGGGACACCAUCAUAGUGACGUGUACCAACAGUGCCACCAGUAUAUUUGCCGGCUUCGUCAUCUUCUCCGUAAUCGGCUUCAUGGCCCAUGAGCUGAAGGUCCCCAUCGAGAAGGUGGCCGACGAAGGUCCUGGCAUAGCGUUCGUGGUGUACCCUGAGGCCCUGACCAGACUGCCCCUCUCCCCAUUCUGGGCCAUCAUCUUCUUCCUCAUGCUGCUCACCCUGGGGCUCGACACAAUGUUCGCCACCAUUGAGACUAUUGUGACGUCGGUGUCUGAUGAGUUCCCUGCCAUCCUGCGUAAGAACAAGCCGCUCUUCACGCUGGUCUGCUGCCUCUGCUUCUUCUUCCUGGGCUUCCCCAUGAUCACCGAGAGUGGCAUGUAUAUGCUGCAGCUGGUGGAUACCUUCGCUGCCUCCUACUCGCUGGUCAUCAUCGCCAUCUUUGAGCUGGUCGGGAUCUCAUACAUAUACGGGCUGAAUAGGUUCUGUGAAGACAUCGAAAUGAUGAUUGGGUUUCAGCCAAACAAGUUCUGGAGGAUCUGCUGGGCCUUUGUCACGCCGACCAUUCUGACAUUUAUCCUGGGCAUCAGCCUGUGGCAGUGGAAGGUGAUGACGUAUGAGGACUACACCUACCCACCCUGGUCCAUGCUGAUGGGCUGGCUCAUGGUCAUCUGCUCCGUCAUCUGGAUCCCCAUCAUGUUCGCCAUCAAGAUGUACCUCGCACCCGGCUCCUUUAGUCAGAGAUUGAAGCUGGUGUGUGCCCCGCAGCCCGAUUGGGGUCCCUUCCUUCAGAAGCAUCGUGGUGAGCGCUACAAGAACAUGAUCGACCCGCUGGGCACCAACUCACUGGGCCUCAAGCUCCCGCCCAAGGACUUCCAGAUGUCCGCCCAGUACCAGUAA